AUGUCUUUCUUCGGGAAUACUCCCCAACAAGGAGCACUAGAUGACAUAGUUAAUUUUAGUAAUUUCUGGCGGAGCUUUCUGCUACUUUUCAGACUUACUACUACUGCUGGUUGGAACGAUGUGUUUGAUUCCUUAAUUCACUCUCACACUGGUUAUGGCGAUAAUAUUGAAAAUAUGCCUACAAGUAACUAUGGGAACAAAGGUGUUGCUUUUAUAUACUUUGUUUCUUUUCUGCUUAUCGCAAGUCUUAUUGUAAACAUGUAUGUGGCGAUAGUCCUCGAGAAUUACGAACGCGCCAAAGAAGAUGAAAUCAUUGGCUUAUGCAAUGACGAUUUGGACAAUUUUUAUGCUACUUGGGCACGUUUUGAUCCAAAGGCUACCCAGCUUUUAUCUGUCUAUAAUCUAUCUGCCUUUCUGAAUGAAUUAGACCCUCCUUUGCAGAUAAAGAAACCUAAUAAUGCAGCUAUAACUGUUUUAAACAUACCUCUCUCUAGUGAAUACAGACUUCACUGUUUAGAUGUUCUGAACGCCGUUGUCAGAUUCUACCUUUGCGACAUUGAAGAAAGUACAGAAUUAGAUAAUAUUAUACUGGAGAUAGAACACAAGUUUCUAUGUAUUUUUCCAAAUCGACAGACAAUGGAGGUCGUUGGCACUUCUUAUGAUUGGAAGCACUGGAACACUGCUGCUUGCAUAAUAGCAAAGUAUUUCAAGAGUUAUAAAAUCCGAAGACAGAAUGAAGCUGCUCGUGUUAUUCAGCGUGCAUAUCGUAUACACAGAAAACAUAAAAUUAUGCUUCAGUUUCAUUUUCGUUUUUUUCAAAAUGAGCACGCUGCAAUAGCAUUUUAA